UAAUUAACUACUGCCGCUUUGCCCAAAGUUUCCUCAAUCUCUCAUGGCUUCAGCUGGAUUCCGAUCCCUAAGCCGCGCCUCGCUCAGCGGGAUCUGCCUUUCGAGUUCGAGGUCGAAAGCAGCGGCCCGUCUUGCUUCCUCGUCUCGCCAGCCGGCCGCUGCUUCAGCGUUUCCUGCUCCUGGUCGCCGCUUCCCGCCCGUUUCCAGGUUUCCUGCGCAGCUGGGGUGCUGCAGUGGGUCUCUUCUCCCGCUUCACAGCGCGGUGGCGGUGGCAAGAUUGUCCUCGUGCCUGAGCUCGACUUCUCGGUGUUGCCGUGCUACUUCACAGGGUAUUCCUGGCUAUCCUGGAGUUUAAAUGUUGUUGACAUGUUUUUGUGAUGGAAUCGACGACACAUGAAGCACUGAUGAUCCACUGGCUGUCGAAGUUCAGAACUGGUUUUUUCUUGCAACUGCCAAUUUUAUCAAAAUCAGGAUGGUUAUUUCUUUCUUUCUUUCUUUCUUUCUUUCUUUGUGAUGUUAACUGGAUCAUACCUUAGCAGAACUGUGUUAUUAUGAAUUCUUGCCAUGUACGAUAUUAACCAUUAAAUGAGUUGAAUAAAGCUUCAAUUUUUUUUCCUACUUAUUAUUUAUUUUGCUAAAUUUAUAUUGGUCUGAGUUGCUUAGGACUGUGAAUGGGUCAAACAGUUGUAAUCAAACUACAAUUAGAAUCCUUUUAAAUUAGUUUAAGGGCUGUCUGUUAUGUAAUUAGAUGAAUUUAGGAGUGCAAACCAAUGAUGAAUAAUAUGAAAAUAUUGAUAUUUGACUUUGAUAUUGAAAAAUAUAUAUGAUAUUCGAAUUCGUUUUGAAUCUCAAACAUAUUAGGAAUUUUGUUGACUAUAAAAUUCGAAUUUGGUUUGAAUUUUGAUUCAAGCAAAAUUGAGUUAUAAUUUAAAGGAUUUAAAUUCAAGUUUGGUUAGAGUUAUUUAGAUUAAAAUUAUGUAAAAAUCAUCUAAAUUUAAAUUUAAAUUUAAUUAAUUAAAUAAAAUAUUAUAAGUUUAAAUUUAGGUUGAAAAAAUUAUCAAAUUUAGUUUGAAAAAAAUAUGAAACAUGCUUUAGUCCAUUUUAAAUUUGAUAAUUUUAAAUAUGAAUUAAAUAUUAUUUCAAGUAAAAGUUCAUAAAGAGAAUUGAUUCAUUUGCUUUAGAAGUAGAAGGUGAUAUUAUUCACUUUAAAGGAUUAGUAUAGAUGGUAAGAUAUAGGUAGAUAAAUUAUGGAGGAUAUUUUAUUUUAACAUAAUGACUCUUUGUAUGGGAAGGUUAAACAUUUAAUGAAAUAUUUUACACCGAUUAAAACUUAAGCUCAAGACCUAUUAGAAUAAACAUCCAUAGACAUAGGGUAAUUUUCGAUUCAUUUACGCUCCUAGAAGAUACGGUAUAUCAAACCAUUAACUCAUAAACCAUUACAGUAUUAAAAAAAUUGAUAUAAAAAAUUUCAUAUCGAUAUCAUGCCAGAAUUUUGAUAUAUAGAAUUUUUAAUAUAUUAAAAUUUUGAUAUUGAUUAUUUAUAGGAAAAUUUUAGUAUCAUAUAUUAAAAAUUUUAAUAUAAAUUUUAUACUAAUACCAACACAAAUUUAAUACAUAUAAAAAUUUUCAGAAUACUACAAAAUUGAUAUAUUUUGUUACUGUAUAUUGAAUUUUCGAUAUUUUUAUAGUGAAUCUAAGCUAGCUAAGAAGAAGAAUGCACUUGUACCAAAUCGACCCGCUUCACGGUUCAGGCAUAUGCUCGUUAUCCGGGUCAGGCCUCCAACGAUAUCUCGACAGCUGCUGCUCCUUCCGCUUCCAGUGGCGACUUCGCUGGCUCGGCGAGGCACCAGCCAAGCCAUGGCGUACGUUCUAUGCUGAUCCGAUCUGCAUCUCCUUCUUCCUGUCUUGUCGCUCUCCAGUUGCAGAGUGCGGUGGAUUCAAGUUGGAGUUUUGGAGUCGGAAAAAGUAUAAAGAUCCGAUCUUUGAGGCUGGGCAUGGAGGGGCACAGGUGCGGGCUCUGCUUCCGACGAUUCUCCAGUGGACGCGCUCUCGGCGGCCAUAUGCGAUCUCACGUCGUGCAGCGGAGGCUGAGGAUAGCGUCGCCGUUCGCUUCCUCGAGGGCCUUCCCGGAGGCGGCGACGUGGGAGAACCGGACCAGGCGCCGAAGCUUCCGCGGCGGAUCCUCCCAUGUCGAGGAGAGCGAGGAGGAGGAGGAGGAGGAGGAGUCGUUCCAGCGGCGGCUGGAUCGUCCUCGCCGAAAAGAAGAUCUCUCCGGCGAGACCGAGCCGCGCAGCUCCGUCUCCGAUAGCGUCCGGGAGGAGGACGUCGCGUUCUGCCUCAUGUUGCUCUCGCGCGACGCUUGGUCCAAGACGGUAACGAAGCGCUGCCAGUCCGUCGACGAGGAGGAGAUUCACUACGGAAGCGAGGAAAAAGAGUACCAAAACGACGGCGAACUUCCGCCGCUCGCCGCCAGUAAAUCGUGCCCGAAGAGGACCAAGUAUCAGUGCGACACUUGCCGGAAGUCCUUCAAAUCGUACCAAGCGCUCGGUGGCCAUCGUGCGAUCCAUAAAAGAAAAGGAACAGAGUGCGCCACGACCACCGCCGGAGUCGGAAUCCACGUCGGCGAUCCAAAGCCCGCCACCACUGCCCAGCUCUACCACUGCCCUUACUGCCCCAGGACCUUCAUCUCCGGCCAGGCCCUCGGCGGCCAUAAAAGAUCCCAUCUUGCCGCCUCCACCACUUCCCUUGGCGGCUUCAUAGACAUCAAUCACCCAGCUCCAUCGGAGGAAGAAACCGAGCUCUCCGCCGUCUCUGUCGCAUCGGAGCUCGCGUCAAAAUGCUCGGAGCUCUCCCAAAGACGCCAUUUUUAAGGACAUUAAAGGUAAAAUUCUUCUCUAUACAAUAUAAAAAUCUCAGCUUUGGGGGUUAAACAAACUUGAAACAGAGUUUGAAUUUUUGCAAGAGAACUGUGUUCUUGCUGGUUCCUUAGAAUUGUUCUUUAGUUCUUUUAUAAGAUUUAAAAGAUCAUGAACUACUCAA